AUGCGGGAUCCCAUAUAUGGCAAGCCGAGGAUGAUUGAGGACGUUUACCAUGACAUGGUUUUGAUUGAAAAUCAGCUUCCCUUGUUCGUGCUUGAGGGUUUGUUUACGCAGAUUGGAGGAACUCUAGAUGUUUCCUUUCCCGACCUUACACAUGAGUUCUUCAAGCAGUUGGUGAAAAUUCAAAAGUUUCCUGGCCAUGUUGUCUGUCAUGAAGUGAAACAUUUUGUUGAUUUUGUACGGCACUUCUACUACUUGCCCUCACUUCCACUUGACGAGGAGCAGCGAGAAGAUAACAACAAUGUUGUUUGCGAAUGCCCCAGUGUGACAACGCUUGACGAGGCUGGAAUUAAGUUUGUGACCAAGACAUGCACCUCAUCAUCAUUCCUUGACAUACAAUUCACAGAUGGCGUUUUGCGGAUUCCUGGGUUUGCAAUAGAUGACUGGACAACAACUCUAUUCUUGAAUCUCAUCGCCUUCGAGCAGUGCCACGAACACGCUGUGAAGUACAUCUCCCAUUAUAUUAUUUUUCUUAUGAGGUGCAUGAUCAGAACUUCAAAAGACGUGGAUUUACUCGUCCAGAACAAAAUUAUAUCCAGCAGGCCAGGCAGUAGCAGAGAUCUGUUAACUCUGCUUGACCACAUUGGAAAAGAUGUUGGCUUGGGUGAGACAAAUUGUUACUUUAGUCUCUGUAAAAAUUUGAAUGCAUAUGUGACCCAGAAAAAUGAAGAAACAAGAAAUCAAUGCAUACCCUCGGCAGAAGAGGUGGACAACAACUCUCAAGAGCAACUAUUUCCAAACUCUGUGGAGGAUUAUGUCUACUAUUGCAAUAUACUCAUCAUGCUCACCUUCAUUUAUAAGGGCCAAUUGGAACGCGGCGUUCACAAAGAAAACCCCAAUAUGAUAUUGAGGCUGGAGAUGAAGGAGGGGGUUUUGGAAGAAAUCAAUAGGCAACGUGAAGAUGGUGGUGUGAGUUUGAACAUGGAGAUGUUUGCAUGGGCUAUGUAUAAGAGCGGUUGA